AUGGGCGUCGAAAGGGAUAAGGACAAAAAUAGUAAAUUUAGACUGGAAAUCAUUGUCCCAGAUUCUUUUCAUGUCAGCGGCGGUCCUUUUUGUUGCUUCGUGAAGCUUAUACCCAUUUAUGACGUAGAAACAAAAUUGAAUUCCACAUUUACUGUUGAUUUUGUUGCAAUAAAUACCUACGGCGUCCUUAUAGCCGACGAUAAAGCCAAGGUAAAGUCGAAAAUUCAAACUACGUUACGCUUUCCAUUUCUUCUGGAAGAGAGUAGCAAAUUAUCGCAAAACCAAAAUGUCUUUCUCAUAUAUUCAUCGGACUCUGUACUAUUUUGCACAGGAAAAGAGAUAAACGGCCAAUCCAAGGAGCUCAGCUAUCAGUACCGAUGCAAAAUUCCUCCGUUUAUUCCUCCAUCUCUCAAAGGCUCAAGUGCCUCAAUCAAUUAUUACGUUUACGUUACUGUACAAUAUCGCAAUUCAUCUGACCCCAAACAUCAAUAUAGCAUUUCAGAAAGGUUGGAAUUCGUUGUUUUAGGUUCUAUUUACCAUGAUUUUCCAAUUCUGGAUAUAAAGUACUAUCCCAUACUACCAAAGAUUGGUGAAUCCACCAGGGAUUUUUAUAGAGAUUGCAAGAGCAUAAUAUCUAACAACUAUGGAACGGAUAACAUGCUAUUCAAUUAUGAAUCCAGCCUAGUAAACCUUUUAGAAUCGGAAGAAGAUUUAAGUGAACCAAAAGAAUUGAGCAUUCAGCUAUAUCGUGAUUUAAACACAUUCUUAGUACUAUGGGAUUCAAUUUCUGACUUAGAAAAUUUAGAUGGAAUAGCAUAUAUUAACGUACUGCACUGCUUUAAUAGCAUUGUUGCUGACUUUACGAAUUUAGCAAAAACAGGUGAUAUUCACCGUAUAGAAAAGCUGAAGGAAUGGUUUGGUGAUAUUUUAAAUCCAGAGUUAUAUGGUAAAGGUGACAGUGCUUCAGCGGAGAAUAUUGAUGAAGCAUUGAAUAUGUUUCUCGAGAAGCUUGAGGUGAAGACAUGUUGUUUGUAUGAUACGUCUUUGGAAACGAUGAAAUCUCUUGUAUCAUGUUCCUUUAAGGAAAGGAACAGAGUAGAAGGCGAAGAAGCGCUAAAAUUUUCUUGUGAAGGAAAUAAACUUUGCGUGUGUCAUAUAUCUGGAUUCAGUCGAAUUGAAGAUUCCGAAGAUAUGGAUUUUACCACAAAUUCAUGGUUUGAGCUCAGGUUUGACUUUUCGGAGUCUAAACGGCAUUGCCUGAAAGUUGAUAUUAGCUUUGUUAGAACAGAUGUACUAAUGGACGCGACUCCCCGAAGACACCAUGUUAUAACUAAUCAACUGAUUACCCUAGGGAAAACAACUAGCACGAUAACCUCAUUUAUACCAAAGGACACAAUUCCGACAUUUAGCUGCGCAUUUAUUGAUGUUUCAUAUAGGCUUGAAAUCACAUUUUUUUGCUUUGAAGAUAAUGUCAACAUAAUGGAACGCGACUCUAUCAAAGCCGGGCUCAAUAAGCUAAAGCUUGUGAGGUGGGAAAAACCAAUUAGAAUAUUGCAAAAUCAACUAUUGGGUAUAAAUGCACGUGAUCGCAAUUUUAAUCAUACCAAGACUUCCCGAGGUAUACCCCCUGGAAUAAAAAAGUCUUGUAUACAUUUUUGUGGGAGACAAAUUCCCUUGUACAAAACUAUAGAAAUGUAA